CUCAGUCCUCUCAUCUUCAUCAAAGACAAACUGAACAGAUGGAAACAGAAGCUGAUGGAGAGGACUGUGGAGGACCAGAACCAGAUCCUGAUGACAAGUCUGGAGACUCCUCUGAAACUGAGACUGAUGAUUGGAAGCAGACCAGAGAACCUCAGUCAGGUUUAAACUCUCUGAAUAAUGAGGAGGUUUCGGUCAGUGGUUCCAGAUCUAGUGCUGGUGUGAAACCAUUUAGCUGCUCUGUGUGGGAAAAGAUUUGGCUGCAGGUCAUUUUUGAAACGACACAUGAGAACUCACACAGGAGAGAAACCAUUCAGCUGCUCAAUCUGUCAGAAAGCUUUUGCUCAGAGUGGAGAUUUACAGAAACAUGUGAGAAUCCACACGGGAGAGAAACCAUUCGGCUGCUCAGUUUGUGGUAAAGCUUUCAGUGAUGGGGGAAAUCUGAAGGGACACAUGAGAACUCAUACAGGAGAGAAACGUUUCAGCUGCUCAGUUUGUAACAAAUUGUUUACACGCAGUGACAGUUUACAAAAACAUCUGAAAAUCCACACAGGAGAGAAACCAUUAAGCUGCUCUGAGUGUGGGAAACGAUUUGGGUUAAAUGGAACUCUGACAAGACACAUGAAAAUCCACAUCGGAGAGAAACCAUUUAGUUGCUCAUUUUGUGAUAAAAGAUGUUUGCGCAAGGAAGAUAUGAAAAGACACAUGAUAACACAUACAGGGGAGAAACCCUUCAACUGCUCAGUAUGCGGAAAAGGAUUCAUACAAAAGGUACAGCUGACCCACCACAUGAGUAAUCACACGGGAGAGAAACCCUUCAGCUGCUCAGUGUGCGGUAGAGCUUUUAGUGAAGGUGGAAAUCUGAAGAAACAUAUGAGAAUUCACACAGGGGAGAAACCAUUGAGUUGCAGCGGUUGUGACCAGAGUUUUACUUUAUCAGCUCAGAAACCAUAAAUCUGUUGCACAUCCGUCCUCACAGCUUCAUCAUAGACAAACUGAGGAGGAGGACAGAGAGACAGAACCUCCAGCCACAAACUGAAGAGAUGGAAACAACAACUCAGAGGAGCUUCACUACAUUUUCAUCAACUUGUAAAUUAAGUUCCCAUGGUGUUAAAGGUUCAGUACUUUGGUGAUGUCAAUACUUCAUAAAUAGAAAAGAGGCUGUACCUAAUUAAAGGUGUUCUUUUAAAGUUGUCCCACA